UUUUAGAAUGAAUGUAUUGCGCAUGUGCAAUCCACGAUUCCAGAACAGCAGAUGCAAGAUUUAAUGUAUUUAUUUCCAUAAAAAGGGUGUUAUUUCGCACUAAUAAGUAAAAGAAAUGGCUAAGAAUGAACAAGUAUUGCAACUGGAGCCGUCUACUGAGCUUCGCUUCAGAGGACCUUUCACUGAUGUUAUUUCUGCAGAUCUAAAAUUGACAAAUCCUUCAGACAAACGAGUAUGUUUCAAAGUGAAAACAACAGCUCCCAAGAGAUAUUGUGUCAGACCAAACAGUGGUGUUCUGGAACCUAAAGCACAUAUAACUGUAGCAGUUAUGCUGCAGCCAUUUGAAUAUGAUGCGACUGAAAAAUCAAACAAACAUAAGUUCAUGGUUCAAACACUCUUUGCUCCAGAUGGACCUAUUAAUCAAGAACAAUUGUGGAAGGAAGUCUUACCAGAAAAUUUGAUGGAUUCUAAACUGAAGUGCGUUUUUGAGAUGCCAGAAUCAGAUCAUAUUGAAGCAAAAGUUACUAAACCUGUUGAAACAACAAAACAGAGUUCAGGGGGUGACAAUGAAGUGAAGAAAGUUAUGGAAGAUUACAAGAAAUUACAGUCUGAAUUAAGUCAGCUAAAAACAGAAAAUAACCAAUUACGAGAAGAGGGUGUACGCCUAAGGAAAGUUGCAGUUUCAGAAACAGUGCAUUCAACCCCAAUUUCAACAACUCCUACUAAAUCAGCGCAAGCUACAGGAUUGGUGCUGCCUCCUAUGGUGUAUUUAAUCGCAGCACUUAUUUUAGGCUUACUGAUUGGCAAAUUGGUUCUUUAAUCUUCAACACAAUUAUUAGCAUACUGUAUUAGGGAAGUUAAUUUAUAGACUUGAGGGUUACUUCCCUUUAUGUGAAUUCAUGGGAUAUUGAAGAUUGAGGUAUUUAGGAUCAGGAAGAAUACAACAUAAAACUAAAAGAAAAGAGAUGAAAAUAUAUGUAAACAAACUUUGAUAUGAACGUAACGUUUUGAUUUAUCAAUAUAUAUUUUACUUCCAUAUUGAGUGUUAAUUAAAUUAUUUUCGACAAAUAUUAUGCCCUGAAUGAAACUUGACAGCAGGAGUUUAUUAGUUCCCUUAGAGACUGUAUAUUGACAUGAUGAAUCUUGUAAUAUGUAGACUGUAAUGUAUAAUAGUGUUAUACAUAUUGAUAACAGGCAGUAUGAAUAACCUGGUUUCUUAUUAUAAAAUGACCAAUAUCAUAUAUGCAUUGCCUUUGUCAGACAUACACCUCUUUUUAACAAACCAAUGUUUAAGAAAUCACAAUCACUAAUUGCUUUCAAAAGAUGAAUAGAUGUUAAAAUGUGAACUACUUGAUUAAAAUAAGUUUGUACAGUUGAGUGUAUAUACAAUGAAAUGGAUCCUAAUUCCCUUAUAACAGCCCGGUAUUAAAACAGAAAGAAUAAUGUAGAUAAAAGAUGAUCAUAUGCUUUGCAUUUAUCUUACUAAAUGUUAAUCCUAUUUUCUAAAUUUAUGUAAGUUUAACAAGAAAAGUCUGUUUCCCUAUGAAUGAUGAACUGAGCGAUUAUUGUGAUAGGACAGUAUGAAUACCAUGAUAAGUAUAACAAUACAAAUGUUAUUAUUUACAGAUAUUUUUAGUCUUCAAUCUUAUUUAUUUCGUGAUAUUGUAAUUUUUCAUAAGCUUUAUAUUUUUUUGGAAAUUUAUGGUCUUCUUUCUCCUUUUACAUUCAGGGUGUGUUUGAUUAUAGUGAAUCUGAUAUAAAUUAAGAGGUUUAAUUUUUUUCGAAUAAAACUUGAAAUCCAAUCCCUUUUUCAAUAAUAGCAUAUGAGGUUAAACGCUUUAGAUGAAAUAUUUUUCCAUAAAUAAGGGAAUCCUGAUUAAAUACAGAUCAAUCAAACAUGCCCAAAGUUUGUUGUCAUUGAAAUAUUUUCACUACUUAAUGUGUUUUGGCUUUCAUUGAUAAUAAAUAAAUGCUUUUUUUUUUUAUCUCUUCAGAAUUAUAGAGUAAUUGUAUAUCAGUCGUUUAAUUGAAAAAAGAAACAAUAAAAAUUAAUAAUGGAAGAACGGGAAAUAUUGGUUGUAUGAAUUCUGAAAAGUUAAUAAUUUUAACCGAUAACUUAUUUGAAUUUCCUGUUUAAAUAGUUAUAUAGCAUUUAGUGUUAGGUAAAUUAAUUAGCAUCCAGUUGUAUUUUUUACUCUUGGUUGACCUAUAGGAUUUGUAUGUUGAAAACUUUCAAAUCUGUAAAUGUCUAGUUCGAGAAUUUAUUUGUUCACAUCAAUUUCAGUCAGUUGCUUUGGAAUACAAUUCCUCAACACCAAAUGCUUAGCUUUUGUACAAUACAAUUUCUCCCUUUAAAAAAGAAAAUUAGUGCAAUACCUAUUGGAAAUUAGAAAUUCAAAUGUUUAUGAGUAAGGAUAAAAUAUUGUGGGAAAGUGCUAACAAAGGGGAGCUAAGUCUGAUUGUAGAUUGAUCUCCUAUCUUUCUUCUUUGCUUGAAUUGUGUAUGCAAUUAUUAAUACUUGAUAUAUUAUUUGCAUCAAGUUAUAAAUAUAUUUAUAUCAGUCACUUUUAUUGAUAUUCUGUUAGGUUUUCUUUUCUUUUUUGUGCAUGGGAGAUUUAAGUUGUAUGUUACAUUGUAAUGAAAGCAUACCAGUACAUAUUUCAAUAUUAUUAGUUUUACCCCAAGUCCAAAAAAUUGCCAUUAUAGCUUUUAUUUACAUGAUAAUUUGUUUCAUACUAUAUAACAGAUAAUUAAUCAUCUGGAUGUAGAUAGAAAAUUUAUUAUUUUAGUUUUGUAUAUAAUUCUGUACAGAGUAACACCCCCAGAUUUUUUUUUUUUUGAUUUAACUUAAAAUUGUUUAUUUCUGUUAUUUCUCAUAGUCUAAACAGUAACUAAAAUUAAUUGAUAAACCAGAAAACAUCUUUUCUUUCCUAAUCUUUUUUUCCAUGAAUCAUAAUUUUUAAAAUCCAUGUAGUGUAUUUUGCAAUUGAAGUUGUGAAUAGAAAGAAAGUUGUGUAUAAUGAGAUGGAAUAAAACAAUUGAUUACUA